UCUUCUUUUCAUCCCAUUUGUUUCUUCGACAAAACCCACAAUAGAAGUAUUACGGUAACGGCGCACAAUAGCAGGCAAUAGAAAAUAGGAGACGUAUCUAACUACAAAUUAGUAUAAAACGACUGUUACGAGUACAAGUGUCGUCAUCCUUUUAGCUAAACUCACUGAAAACUAGUCGCUGGAAUCUCUCCUUCUCUUCUCAGCUCUUAUCGUCCUCACAAAUGUCUGCCACUGCCUCAUUUUCUGCUACUCUUCCUAAACCGACGCCGUUUCUAUCAACUCCGAAAUCCAUCUCAUCCUCCUCUAGUCUCAGUACUUUAGGAUUUCUUUCAAUUAGGUCCAAGUCCUUUAAGUCGCUUAGAGCUAAUGGCGGCGGCGGUUCAGCUGUUGGUGCUUGUAGUAUGGUCUCGAUGCCAGCUGUUAAGCCUUUGAUUUCUCUUGAUUUUGAAACUACUGUUUUCAAGAAAGAGAAAAUCUCUCUUGCUGGCCAUGACGAGUACAUUGUAAGAGGGGGGAGAGAUCUGUUCAAGUUGCUACCUGAUGCUUUCAAAGGAAUCAAGCAGAUUGGUGUUAUUGGUUGGGGUUCCCAGGGUCCUGCUCAAGCUCAGAAUUUAAGGGAUUCUCUAGGAGAAGCCAAGUCUGAUAUUGUAGUAAAGAUUGGACUCAGGAAGGGAUCUCGUUCAUUUGCUGAAGCUCGUUCUGCUGGUUUUACUGAAGAGAAUGGGACUUUGGGUGACAUUUGGGAAACUGUUUCUGGCAGUGAUCUUGUACUCCUAUUGAUAUCUGAUGCUGCGCAGGCUGAUAAUUAUGAGAAAGUGUUCUCCCAUAUGAAGCCAAACAGCAUACUUGGUCUUUCCCAUGGAUUUCUUCUUGGACAUUUGCAGUCAAUGGGACUCGACUUCCCAAAGAAUAUUAGUGUUAUUGCUGUGUGUCCCAAGGGAAUGGGUCCAUCUGUGAGGAGACUUUAUGUUCAAGGCAAAGAGAUAAAUGGUGCUGGAAUAAAUUCUAGUUUUGCAGUCCACCAGGAUGUUGAUGGUAGAGCCACAGAUGUUGCCUUGGGAUGGUCGGUUGCCCUUGGUUCUCCUUUCACUUUUGCCACUACACUAGAACAGGAGUACAAGAGUGACAUCUUUGGAGAGCGCGGCAUUUUACUUGGCGCUGUUCAUGGAAUCGUAGAGUCUUUAUUUAGACGAUACACUGAAAACGGAAUGAGUGAAGAUGAGGCUUACAAGAAUACUGUUGAGUGCAUAACAGGAAUUAUAUCAAAGACCAUCUCAACCCAGGGCAUGUUGGCUGUAUACAAUUCCUUGUCUGAAGAAGGCAAAAAACAGUUUGAGACUGCAUACAGUGCCUCGUAUUAUCCUUGCAUGGACAUCUUGUAUGAGUGCUAUGAGGAUGUAGCUUGUGGUAGUGAGAUCCGCAGUGUUGUCUUGGCUGGGCGUCGCUUUUAUGAAAGGGAUGGUUUGCCAGCUUUCCCAAUGGGUAAAAUUGACCAGACACGCAUGUGGAAGGUUGGUGAGCGAGUUCGAUCAACUCGGGCUGCAGGGGACUUAGGUCCUUUAGAUCCUUUCACUGCUGGAGUCUAUGUGGCACUAAUGAUGGCUCAGAUUGAAAUCUUGAGAAAGAAAGGGCACUCCUACUCUGAGAUCAUUAAUGAGAGUGUGAUCGAGUCGGUGGAUUCUUUGAAUCCAUUUAUGCAUGCUCGUGGGGUUUCUUUUAUGGUUGACAACUGCUCGACAACAGCAAGAUUGGGAUCAAGAAAAUGGGCUCCUCGUUUUGACUAUAUCCUCACACAGCAAGCUAUGGUAUCAGUGGACAAUGGUACUCCCGUCAAAUGUGAUCUUAUCAGCAACUUCAUGUCAGAUCCAGUGCAUGGUGCCAUAGAGGUAUGCGCCCAAUUGAGACCUACAGUUGACAUCUCAGUUCCCCCAGAUGCCGACUUUGUGAGACCUGAAUUGCGCCAAUCUAGCAAUUGAGAUCUAGGGGAAAAAAAAUUUUCUUCGAUCGGCUAGUAGAAUUCUAAUUUGUAAGGUUGAGUGAGAAGCUUGCUUCCAAUAACAACUUAUGGUCUAGUUUUUAGUUCUUAUUUGUAAGGUUGAGUGAGAAGGUUGCUUUGAAUAACAACUUAUGGUCUAGUUUUAUGAACUUACUCGUGUGAUGUUUGUAGUACUCAAAUAUUUCUAUGUACGAGACAUGUCUGUGCGCUUCUAUUA